CCCAUAUUGAGGCAUAGUUCUCUCAAGAAUCACCCUCACCAUUUCCCACGGGUGUGCCUCCUAGGUAAUUCUAAAUCCACUCAAGCUAACAAUCAAGAUCACAGAGAAGUGCCUCCCAAGACUUCAGAAAACAUAUCUAGCUCAAGGUGUCAGGAAGAAAUCCUCCUUCCUUCAAAUUACAUUUCAAAAGAAGCCUCUGGCUAUCACCUGGUACCCUGGGUAGACCAAAGGAAAGCACAGAAAAGGGUACACAGCACAAAGAGCCCACAGAUCAUGGCCCGUAAGUACUUCUACUUCGACUACGACUACUACGGGGUGAGCUUCUGUGAGGAAGAAAUCACGUCUGAACCCGAGGAAAGGGUGGCCUACAUGGCAAAGAGCAGCAGCUUCACCGAUCAAGUAGCAGGCAUCCUGAAAGAGCUGUUCUGUGAGGGCCACCAGAGCUCUAUAGGCAAACAUAGCUACCAAGGCUGUGGCAUGACUAACACCCAGGACACGAAGCAAGAAGAGCCAGAGAAGACAAGUGAGCAGUCAUUAUUCAGGAUUCCUCGGAAUCCAUACAAAUUCACGCCUGGACAGCUGUGGGAACUGCAGGCAGUGUUCGAAGAAACUCAGUACCCAGGUGCCCUCAGAAGAAAAGAGCUGGCAGAACUCAUGAAUGUGAAUGAACAGAAAAUAAAGGAUUGGUUCAACAAUAAGAGAGCUAAAUUUAGGAAGAUUCAGAGGGAAAUACUAAGGGGCAAGAUCAUCACUACUACCCAGGAACAACUUCGCAUGAAGACUUUGGUGGAGUCCAAGAAAAUCAUCAUUUUCCAGGAGCAAGUGGGGGAUGGGCUCUUCUGGAAUCACCAGAACUUUGACAUCCUGGGAUGUUUACAUUUGACUUCAUCUUGUCAAACAUCAAAGGUUGUCUUAUGAACGCCAUAGUGUAUCCAGGGAGAUUGCUCAGUGGGUAAAGGGAUAUGAUGAUAUUCUUGGGGACCAGGUUUUAGUCCCUGGGCCCCACAGUCUCCCAAGUUCUAUCUGACCUUCACAUGCUUGUUUGUUGUGUCAUGCUCACACAUGCAAUUAAAGUAAAAAAAUCUAAUAAAGAACUGUAGUUGAGAAACAGAA